AGAACAAUGCACGAGAUAUCGGGCUUUUUUUCUGGGUAAUGUACGAACCAGUUGUUACCCGCCAUGACUCGCUGCGUUUUCACAGCAUAUCACCGUAAAUGAGUCAUAAAAGGUUACUGGAAACUUGGAAAGAUCGGCAUCGUUCGGAAUACUCCGUGUGAUGGAUUCGUCACGAUCAUUAUUGUGUACCUGAAUUACGAAUAUAUAAGAGAAUUCGCGAACGCAUUUCCGGAUUCUUCUAAAUGUUUACAUAUGAUACGUAAAACCGAUAUUUGUUAUUCCUUGAAAAGCUGAAAUCGGUCAGUAGCUGGCAAUAUAUAAAAUUCCAACGAACUGUAGGGGUAAAAAUCGCCUCGCAUUGCACCAUGCAGUAAUUGCAAACUCAGUAAUGUUUUCAUUUCCAGGUGUACGUUGUUGAUAUUAAUGCACGUGCCUCAGAUGCGAACCGUUGCGAGUGUAUUUACACAACAGAUGUGAGAAUGUGCUAAAGUGUGCUGGAUUAUCCACUUUUUAUACGAUGGACUUCAGCGUCUGAAAUGGAUGCAUUCAAAGCGUUGCGGAGAAAAUUUGUCAACAGCAACGCUAGCAGUAGCAAAACUACCACCACCACCAGCAGCAGCAGUAGCAGUGUUCAAGUUAUCAGCGAGAAAGUAUCCCGUAUUCACGUGCAAACUAAAAAGGACGUACAAACCCAAAAUGACGUUAAUACUGUUUCUGUUGGAGCAAAGCCAGCCGUGUAUGAGAAACCUAACGUAGAACUGAAAACACAAAAAGAGAAGCCCCCUGUUGCUAAGAAACCUAUCCACCAGACAGUCGAGAACGGCCUCGUGCAGGCUGACAGAGACCGGAAGUCGAGCAUCUCCGAUGAAAAGUUGCAGGAGCUUCAUGAGACGUUCGUGCUGUUCGACAAGAACGGAGACGGUAUGAUAACCAAGGAAGAGCUGGGUGCGGUCCUGUACGCACUGGGUCAGCGACCAACCGUCAUGGAGGUGCAGGCGCUCAUCAGAUCCGUCGACCUUGACCAGUCCGGCACCAUAGACUUUGACGAGUUCGUAACGAUUUUCUCCGCCAAGCUUGCCAUCGACCCCGAGCAGGAGUUGCACGAGGUGUUCGACAUCUUUGACCUCAACAGCGACGGCUUCAUUUCUGCGGAGGAGCUCUUUGAGAUGCUCCAGAAACUCGGGGAACACAUUACAAGGAGCGAGGCAGAUAAAAUGAUAAACGAGGCAGAUAUCAACCGGGACGGGAAAGUUGACUAUAAAGAGUUUAAAGCAAUCCUUAAUGCCAGAUAAUCAAAACGAAUCAUUGUACGGUCAUUGUGAUGAUAAUAACAUUUUUUAUGCAUUCAUAUAUCCAUGAAAGGGGCAGACAAAAACACGAGAGUCAAACAAGAGAAUGCAAACGAAAAUCAAGCUUAUUUCAAGCAAACAGUUAAAUGCUCUUAUGAUGCAGUUAAAGUCCAGCAUAUCAAAGUUUGGCUUUCAUCGUUUUGUUCAAUAUUGUUUUGAACACAAAUAUCAUAAACAUAAAUCGUAUAAUAAUUUGACUGCCAAUGUGUAUAUUUACGAAUAUCAAUUGUGUGCGUUGUUUUCUUUGUACUGCUAUACAUAUGCGUGAUUUAAUUCGGUAAAGUUUUGUCAUGUCAGCAAAAUGGGAUAAACAGUAUAUAUUUAUAAUAAUAAUGUAAUCUCUGUUGUGAUGCUUAUAUUAUUUAUUAUUUUCAUUGUCUGUAUCUUAUUCUAUGUCAUGUAGCAUGUGAGUUAAUGUUCCCAUAUCAUAGUUUGAAGUUACACAGACAAGGUCGAAGAUCGACUUGGAAUAUUUUGUAGUUUGACUGCAACAAUAUGUUCGGAUGAGUCGCCAAAAUUUGUUAAUGCUUUAAUGUUGUCGCUACGCAGUCAGAAUGUAUAUGUUUUAUUUAUUACAUUACUUAGGCGCAAUUUUGCAGUACAAUUUGUACUGUAACUGCGUGUAUUUUUUGUGUUUGAUAAGUAUCUUUUAAUAAAAAGAGGUUUGUGAUAACACAGCUUGCAUACUGGAAAUAUAAAUAAAACUGUUAAUUUCGUUGUU